AUGAAGGUCUUUGCCUCUGUCCUUACUCUCACUGCCAUCAUGGCCACCACCGUCUUUGGAUGCUCCAACUGCAAUGACUGCCCCGGUGAUCAAGUCUGCUUCUUUGCUGCCAGCCCCGGUACUGGUGGUAUUGGCGCAUGUGUUGAGCCCAGCGACCCCGCUUGCUUCGCUGGAGAGGGAUUCUGCGAUACCGCUACCUGCGAUUAA